UAAUAUACAACCAAAUAUGAGUAUUUAAGGAUCCUUGCAAAUGUUAUAUACAUGGUAAUAUGGUAUGGUAUUAUUCAGAAGAAGAUACUUUCACAAACCUAUAAAUAUAUAGCACACAGCAUUACGUUUUUACAUAGUCCUAUAAACCUUGUCGUCCAAGAAACCAACCCUUUUCAUUUCAUUUCAGUGGCCAGCCUCCCAACCACGCUUGCUUUUACUGUCUCCCUUUUUAUAUACAUUUCAAAGCUCUCUCAAACUCCCAUCUGGGUUCUCUUCUAUUUCUCUAAACAAUGGACAACUGUGGAGUUAACCCGCUUGACAAGAAGCCUAAGACGAAGAUCGUUUGCACUUUGGGGCCGGCUUCGAGAUCGGUUCCCAUGGUUGAGAAGCUGUUGAGAGCUGGCAUGAACGUUGCUCGUUUCAACUUCUCUCACGGAUCUCAUGAAUACCAUCAAGAGACGCUUGAUAAUCUCAGAACCGCCAUGGUUAAUACUGGUAUUUUUUGUGCUGUCAUGCUUGACACCAAGGGUCCAGAGAUUCGAACUGGAUUUUUGAAAGAUGGCAAACCCAUCCAAUUGAAACAAGGUCAAGAAAUUACCAUAUCCACAGACUACACCAUUAAGGGUGAUGACAAAAUGAUUUGCAUGAGCUACAAAAAGUUGGUUCAGGAUGUCAAGCCAGGGAUGGUUAUACUUUGCUCUGAUGGUACAAUCUCAUUUACUGUUUUAUCUUGUGACGUGGAAGCUGGAUUGGUUAAAUGUCGCUGUGAGAACUCUGCUAUGCUUGGUGAGAGGAAGAAUGUUAAUCUUCCAGGAGUUAUAGUGGACCUCCCGACCUUGACAGAGAAAGACAAGGAAGACAUUUUAAAGUGGGGUGUCCCCAAUCAAAUUGACAUGAUUGCUCUGUCUUUUGUGCGUAAAGGGUCAGACCUUGUGGAGGUCCGGAAGCUACUUGGAGAGCAUGCUAAGAAUAUCAUGCUAAUGUCAAAGGUCGAAAAUCAGGAAGGGGUGGCAAAUUUUGAUGACAUCCUUGCAAAUUCAGAUGCAUUUAUGGUUGCUCGAGGUGACCUUGGAAUGGAGAUUCCUAUUGAAAAGAUAUUUUUAGCACAGAAAGUGAUGGUCUACAAAUGCAACAUCCAAGGAAAACCUGUUGUCACAGCCACCCAAAUGUUGGAGUCCAUGAUAAAGUCUCCUCGUCCAACGAGAGCUGAGGCUACGGAUGUUGCCAAUGCAGUUCUUGAUGGCACGGACUGUGUGAUGCUUAGUGGUGAGACAGCUGCUGGAGCUUAUCCAGAGCUUGCAGUGCGCACCAUGGCCAAAAUAUGUGUAGAAGCAGAAAGCACCCUUGAUUAUGGAGAUGUUUUCAAAAGAGUUCUGGCACACUCACCAGUACCCAUGAGCCCAUUGGAGAGCCUGGCUGCUUCUGCUGUUAGAUCAGCCAAUUCUGUGAAAGCAGCUUUUAUAUUGGUCCUAACCAGGGGAGGGAGUACAGCAAAGCUGGUGGCUAAGUAUAGGCCUGGCAUGCCUAUAUUGUCCGUGGUUGUCCCGAAGAUUAAGACAGAUUCCUUUGAUUGGUCAUGUAGCAAUGAAGCUCCAGCAAGGCACAGCCUAAUCUUCCGAGGCUUGGUUCCAGUUUUGUAUGCUGGAUCUGCUAGGGCAUCUCAUUCAGAGACAACAGAGGAAGCAAUUGAAUUUGCCAUUGACCAUGCCAAGACAAGGGGAUUCUGCAAGAAAGGAGAUUCAGUUGUGGCUCUUCACCGAGUUGGAACUGCAUCUGUCAUCAAGAUUUUGACUGUUAAUUGAUGAUUCUCACAGGUUUUGUUUUUCAUUUUGGCCAAUUCUAUCUGUUUCGCCACUUUUUCCCUUUUCCUUUUGGGUGAGAGAUGACUCAUCACAUGGGAAAAUUUCUGCUUCUUGAUAUCAGCAGCAGCUUGUUUCACUUUUUCCUUUUUGUCUGAGAGAAACUCAGUUAUGGUAAAAAUGUUUCGAGAAUCUUGAAUUUUUGAAAUUGCAGUUUUGACUGAAUGGAGCUAUAAUUUUCAUUUA